AUGUUGCUGCCGCUGCUGCUCGUCGUGUCCGCCAGCUGUCACCGCGUGACAGCUGGACUCGCAGGUCCUGCUCCUAUCAACAACAACUUCAACAGCCAACGUGCGGACGGUUGGCGUCGACUGGCCACGCUCGGGUUGCUGUUCGGGGCGAUCGAAACCGAGGCCGCCAUCGAGAGGCGCCUGGCCAGUAACCACCCACCCCCCGAACCACCCGGCACCACCCUCGCCCGGGGUCGGCUCGCCCUCGAGGUGCUCGGAACGGGCCUCGAGCUGGCCGCUGCCGAUCGCCCACUGCCGUCGGCCGCCCACUACCGCCGGGAGCUGCGCAAACGUUCCCAGGACUCGGGUGCGCUCGGAUCACACGAAACGCUGUCGGUGCAGCGGCAGGUGGUCCUGUUGCGCCAGCAGCUGGCGGAUCGCAUCCGCCGGGCCGUGCGUGCCCUCCAGCGCAGCCCAACGGACAGCCCCCACCCACUGCCGGACACCCUGGCCACCCUGCGGCGGGCGCUCGCCCCCAUCCGGACGGUGCGCUUCGAGGAGAUGCUCCAGAACGGGCUGAAGGGCCACAUCGAGAAGAUUUUCCAGCGAGGCGAUCGGCGACAGGACGAUGGUGGCUCCAAGUCGGAGUCGAAGGAACUCGCCGUAUCGGUGGACGUGGCCAGCAACAGCCAACAGCAGCAGGAGUCGGAGUCGGAGUCGUCGGAGGAGGACGGUGGUGAUGGCCCCGGUGGCCUGGUGGGGCUGAUCGCCAGCCUGAGCGGGGGCGAUGAAGGAUCGGACGUGGGCGCCCUCAUCGGGACACUGUCGGCCCUCGUCACCAAUCUGUUCGGGCCGGGUGGACUCGAUGUCCCCGGACUGCUCGGGACCGGAACGUCGCUGAUUGCGGGCCUGCUGGCGGGUGAUGAGAACUUCGGCAAGGUGCUGGGCAGCUACGUCGGUGUCGCCAUCGAGGGACUGUCCGGCGGUGGUGCAGAUUUGAAUGGGGCAUUCUUCGGCAACUUCCUCGGAGCAGUCCUGGCCGCCCUCAGCUCGGACCCGGAGGACGACAAUCUGCCACUGAAGCCAGCCCUGUUCGUGGAGAACUUCUUCAGCGGGCUGCAGGAGGCGAAACGCAAGGACGACCCGAAAGCGGACGGCGGCGGUGGCGGGAAGGGCUCGGAUUUGUUCGGUUUCAUCGGGCACAUCGUGUCGUCAGUGGUAGGCGGCAUCACCAGUCUGGUGCUUAACGCGUCCCUCGGCUCCUCCGGUGGCUCCUCGCAGGGGUCGGCCGACGCGUCCGGCGCAUCGUCUGCGGGAUCCAGCGGCGGCGGCCACCAUCCGGACGCGACGGAAGGGAUGUAG